CAGUCACACACGAGUGAGAAGGUGAGGAGACAUUUCCGAUAUUGAAACUACUUCUGGAUUCUUUUAAGUGCAUAAAUCAAAAAGUCAAACCUAAAGAGAAAGUGAAGCACAUUGCUGAAGUAAUGUUAGAGGAGUGAAGAAAGCAAGAUGAGUCUCCCAGAGAAACAGAGUGAAAGAGCAGAUUCACCUGUAUUCAGUUCUGUGUCUGUGAAGAGUGAUCGGUCAAAAGAUGAUGGACUGAACUUCAGUGAGGAAACACCAUCAGCUACCAAAAGUGAAAGAGCAGAUUCACCUGUAUUCAGUUCUGUGUCUGUGAAGAGUGAUCGGUCAAAAGAUGAUGGACUGAACUUCAGUGAGGAAACACCAUCAGCUACCAAAAGGGUUCAACAUGAUACAUCAGACUCAAAGACUCACAAAACGAGCAAGGGCUUGAAACAAAGCCUCCUUUCGAUCUUCCAGGAACUUGAGAACAAAAUAACCACAUUUCUGAAGAAUGAGCUGGAAAAGUGUAAGAAAAUAAUAAAAAAGGAAAACAAACAAUUCUUUGAGAAGGACCUUAAGGAGGACAGGUACAAUAUCAGAGAAGCAGCUCUUGAUAUCACACUCUACUUCCUGAGAAGUAUGAAACAAGAUGAAUUUGCUGAUACUCUAGAAGACGAGCUGGUCUUCAUUUAUCAACAAAAACUCAAAUCAAACCUGAAGAGGAAGUAUCAAUGUGUGCUUGAAGGAAUUGCAAAGCAUGGUGACUCCACACUUCUAAACAAGAUCUACACAGAUCUCUAUAUCACUCAGGGUAGUAGUGAACAGGUUAAUAAUGAACAUGAGGUAAGACAGAUGGAGAAAGCAUCCAGGCAAACUGAAUCACCAGAGAAGCCGAUUAAGUGCACAAAUCUGUUUAAACAUCCUGGACAAGACAAGGAAAUAAGAACUGUACUAACAAAAGGAGUUGCUGGUAUCGGAAAAUCCGUCUCUGUGCAAAAGUUUGUUCUGGACUGGGCCGAAGGAAAUGAAAAUCAGGAUAUCAGCUUAAUAUUUCCUCUUCCUCUCCGAGAGAUGAACUUGAAGGAGAAUGAUAGACAAAGUUUGAUGGACCUUAUCAGUCAGUUUUUCCCAGAGACAAAAGGUCUGAACCUCGCAAGAAAUUAUAAAUUCAACGUCCUCUUCAUCUUUGAUGGAUUGGAUGAAUGUCGACUUCCUCUGAAGUUUGAGGGUAAUGAGACUUGUCGUGAUGUCACAUCUCCGGCCACUCUGGAUGUUCUUCUAACCAACCUUAUCAAGGGAAAUCUGCUUCCUUCUGCUCACAUCUGGAUAACCACCAGACCAGCUGCAGCCAGUAAGAUUCCUCCUGAGUAUAUUGACCGGGUGACAGAGGUGCGAGGGUUUGAUGACCCACAGAAGGAGGAGUACUUCAAGAAAAGGUUCACGGAUGUGAAUCUGGCCAACACAAUCAUUGAUCACAUUAAAAAAUCAAAGAGCCUCUUUAUCAUGUGCCACAUCCCAGUCUUCUGCUGGAUUUCAGCCACUGUUCUCCAGAACAUUUUGGAGAAAAAGAAAAAUAAUAGGAACGAUCAGACUGAUGACGUCUCCAAAACACUGCAGGAAUCUGGUGCUGAUGAUGGAACUCCUAAGACUCUGACACAAAUGUACACACACUUUUUUCGCUUUCAGAUCCAGCAGAGCAGCCGAAAAUAUGAUGGAAAAUACUCCCCAGAUAUUGACUGGGAUAAAGAGGCGAUCCGUUCUCUGGGAAAACUGGCAUUUCAUCAGCUAGAAAGAAACAACCUGAUUUUCUAUGGUUCAGACCUGGAAAACUGUGGUAUUGACCUCUCCAAGGCAUCGGUAUACUCUGGGAUGUGCACUCAGAUCUUUAAGGAGGAAACAGGGAUUGUUCUUGGAACCGUGUACUGCUUUGUUCAUUUGAGCAUUCAAGAGUUUAUGGCGGCUCUUUAUGCUCAUCUGAUUCUGGACACAAACAAGAAAAGUGUAUUUUCCCAAGACAGCACAGAACAAGAACACAAAAAUGAAACAAUGAUUGAUUUGCUCAAGACUGCAGUGGACAAGGCACUCGCGAGUGACAAUGGUCACCUGGACCUUUUCCUUCACUUCCUUCUUGGUCUUUCACUAGAGUCCAAUCAGCCACUCUUACGAGGUCUGUUGACACAAGAAGACAGCAAUGAGCAGAGCAAAAAGGAAAUAGUUGAGUACAUCAAGCAGAAAUUUGAAGAUAAUACAUCUCCAGAGAGAUCCAUUAAUCUGUUCUACUGUCUGAAUGAACUGAAUGACCAAACUCUGGUGAAGGAGAUUCAAAAUCACCUGAGAGAAGGAAGUCUCUCAUCUGCUGACCUCUCACCUGCUCAGUGGUCAGCUCUGGCCUUUGUGCUUCUGACAUCAGAGGAGGAGCCGGAGGAGUUUGAUCUUCAGAAAUUCAAGAAAUCAGAUGAGUGUCUCUGUAGAUUAGUGCAAGUUGUCAAAACCUCCAAAAGAGCUUUGCUAAAUGAUUGUGACCUAACAGACAAAAGCUGUUCAGCACUGUCUACAGUUCUCGGAUCAGAUACCAAUCUGAAAGAGCUGAACAUGAACAAUAAUAAUCUGCAGGAUUCAGGAGUGAAGCUGCUUUGUGCUGGACUGGAGAGUAAAACAUGUAAAUUGGAGAAACUGAGGCUGAAUAAAUGUGAUCUAACAGAGGAAAGCUGUUCAGCUCUAGCUACAGUUCUCAGUUCAGACUCCAGCAGUCUCCGAGAGCUUGACCUGAGCAAUAAUAAUCUGCAGGAUUCAGGAGUGAAGCUGCUCUCUGACGGACUGAAAAACAACUUUAAACUAGAGAGACUCAGAUUGUCAGACUGCAGUAUUACUGAAGAAGGAUAUAAAUCUCUGUCUUCAGCUCUGAAAUCAAACCCUUCUAAACACCUGAUAGAGCUGGAACUCAGAGGAAAUGACCCUGGAGAAUCAGGAGUGGAACUGCUCUAUGAUUUACUACAGGAUAAACACUGUAAAUUAAGGUUGUUAAAAAGUCCUUCUGCAGAAGAAGCCCAUCAGUAUUUGACUAAAAAACUUAAGAAAAAUCCUUUACUCCUGAGAGAGUGGGAUCUGAAUGGAUAUAAACUAGGAGACUCAAAUGUGAAGCAGAUCGCUGCUCUACUGGGAGAUAAACACUGUAAACUCAACAAACUUCUGUUGUGUGAAUGCAGUAUUACAGAGAAUCAGUGUGGCAUCAUGACUUCAGCUCUGUGUUCAAAUCCAUCACACCUGAGAGAACUCGACCUCAGUGGAAACACGCUAAAGAACACAGGAGUGAAUCACAUAUGUCAUCUACUGAACGAUUCACACUGUAAACUGGAGAAACUGAGGCUCAGUAAGUGUGAUCUAACAGAGGAAAGCUGUUCAGCUCUAGCUACAGUUCUCAGUUCAGACUCCAGCAGUCUCCGAGAGCUUGACCUGAGCAAUAAUAAUCUGCAGGAUUCAGGAGUGAAGCUGCUCUCUGACGGACUGAAAAACAACUUUAAACUAGAGAGACUCAGAUUGUCAGACUGCAGUAUUACUGAAGAAGGAUAUAAAGCUCUUUCUUCAGCUCUGAGAUCAAAUCCUUCACACCUUAUUGAGCUGGAUCUCAGUGGAAAUGACCCUGGAGAAUCAGGAGUGAAACUACUCACUGAUUUACUAAAGGAUGGAUGCUGUAAAUUGAAGUUUAUCAGAUUUUUGAAGAGUUCUGCUGCAGAGGAAGCAUGUGAGCAUCUCAAGAAAGUUCUUGAUAGAAAUCCUUUACUGCUGAAAGAACUGGAUCUGAGUCAUAAUAAACUAAAAGGCUUUGAUGAGCUGAAGUUAUCUGAUCUGCUGAAGGACUCUCAUUGCAAACUGGAGAAAAUUACGUUGAGUUAUUGUGACUUAACAGAGAAAAGUUGUUCAGCUCUAGCUAGUGUUCUCUCCUCUGAUACCAUUCUGAAAGAGAUUGAUCUGAACAACAGUCCUCUGAAGGACUCAGGAGUGAAACGUCUCUGUGAGGGACUGAAGAAGUCUCAGUGUAAACUGAACAGACUCAAAUUGUCAGACUGCAGUAUUACUGAAGAAGGAUAUAAAGCUCUGUCUUCAGCUCUGAGAUCAAAUCCUUCAUACCUUAUUGAGCUGGAUCUCAGAGGGAAUGACCCUGGAGAAUCAGGAGUGAAACUGCUCUAUGAUUUACUAAAGGAUGAAUGCUGUAAAUUGAGGUCCAUCAGAUUUUUGAAGAGUUCUGCUGCAGAGGAAGCAUGUGAGCAUCUCAAGAAAGUUCUUGAUAGAAAUCCUUUACUGCUGAAAGAACUGGAUCUGAGUCAUAAUAAACUAAAAGGCUUUGAUGAGCUGAAGUUAUCUGAUCUGCUGAAGGACUCUCAUUGCAAACUGGAGAAAAUUACGUUGAGUUAUUGUGACUUAACAGAGAAAAGUUGUUCAGCUCUAGCUAGUGUUCUCUCCUCUGAUACCAUUCUGAAAGAGAUUGAUCUGAACAACAGUCCUCUGAAGGACUCAGGAGUGAAACAUCUCUGUGAGGGACUGAAGAAGUCUCAGUGUAAACUGAACAGACUCAACCUUUCAAACUGCAGUAUUACUGAAGAAGGAUAUAAAGCUCUGUCUUCAGCUCUGAGAUCAAAUCGUUCUAAACACCUGAUAGAGCUGGAUCUCAGAGGAAAUGACCCUGGACAAUCAGGAGUGAAACUACUCUAUGAUUUAAUUGAGAAACCAAACUGUAAUCUGAGACUGAGGUUGUUACAAAGUUCCUCUGCAGAAGAGGCCUAUAAGUAUCUGACUUCAGUUCUACAUGGUGUAAAUCCUUUAAUGCUGAGAGAACUGAAUCUGGGUGAACAUAAACUAGGAGACUCAAAAGUUAAGCAGAUCGCUGCUCUACUAGAAGAUAAACACUGUAAACUCAACAAACUUCUGUUGAAUAAUAACUGUAUUUCAGUAGAAGGGUGUAAUACAGUCGUUUCAGCUUUAAAUUCAAAUCCUUCAAACCUGAAAGAGCUAAAUAUGAGUUUAAAUAAUCUAGGAAACUCAGGAGUGAUGAAGAUUUCUACUCUAUUGAAAAAUACACAAGUCAGACUGGAGAAACUGGAAUUGUCAGACUGCAGUAUUACUGAAGAAGGAUAUAAAGCUCUGUCUUCAGCUCUGAAAUCAAAUCCUUCAUACCUAAAAGAGCUGGAUCUCAGAGGAAAUGACCCUGGAGAAUCAGGAGUGAAAGUACUCUGUGAUUUACUACAGGAUAAACACUGUAAAUUAAAUACUCUAAGGUUGUUAAAAAGUCCUGCAGAAGAAGCCCAUCAGUAUUUGACUAAAACACUUAGUAAAAAUCCUUUACUCCUGAGAGAGUGGAAUCUGAGUAAACAUAAACUAGGAGACUCAAAGGUGAAGCAGAUCGCUGCUCUACUGGGGGAUAAACACUGUAAACUCAACAAACUUCUGUUAAGAGAGUGUGAUAUUACAGAUGAAGGUUGUUCUGCUCUGACUUCAGCUCUGAAUUCAAAUCCAUCACACCUCAGACAUCUGAACCUGAGUAGGAAUAAACUAGGAGACUCAGGAAUUGGACACCUGUGUGGUCUACUGAGAAAUUCUCAAUUCCAGCUGGAAAAUCUAGAGUUGUGUGAAUGCAGAAUAACAGAGAAACAGUGUGGCAUCCUGACUUCAGCUUUGUGUUCAAAUCCAUCACACCUGAGAGAACUCGACCUCAGUGGAAACACACUAAAGAACACAGGAUUGAAUCACAUAUGUCAUCUACUGAACGAUUCACACUGUAAACUGGAGAAACUGAGUCUAUAUAAAUGUGAAAUCACAGAUGUUGCUUCUUUGGCUGAGGUGAAAACAGUGCGGUCUUUAAAGGAACUUGAUCUGAGAAGAAACAGAAUUACAGAAUCAUCAGGGGAGAAGCUCUGUGAAGUGCUGAAAUACUCAGACUGUGAACUGGAACUAGACAGCCAAGGUUUGAUUCAAGCUACUGCAAGAGCUGCUGGAAGUGCUCUUUGGUCUGGUAUAAAAUCCAUAACCGGGAGUAAAACUCAGGAUCGUGUGGAAUCAACAAGUCAGGAAGAGAACAACAAGUCACCAACACAUGAGGAUUCCUCUAAAGGAGAUGAUGAAGAGGACUCUGAAGAUGACCCUGAUCAAUCGUGGUCUGACGUCUGAGGCCUACAAUCAUAUAAUGUUGUUGGAAUUAAACCAAUCCAGAUAUGAUGGAUUGAUGGAUUAAAUGUAGCUAAUUAGUAGUCGAUUGUCAAGAUUGUACUUUUAUUGUAUAUAUUUUAAUCGUAUAUUGUUAUACAAGACAUUGUAUUUAUUUCUAAGACAUUUAGCAGACAUCUUUAUUAAUGCUUUAGAAAUUAAAUUAGAUCAUUACAUUAGGAAAAGCCCUAUUGUAUUACAAAACAUAUCAUAUUAUAGCUAUAGCAAAGUCCCUUUAAAGCUGAAGUGUGUAACUUACUCGUAUCCCAGCUGAAUAUGAUUACUUAAAUAUUAGUGAGCCAUUCUAGAUUCAUUUUCCUAGAAAACUGUGAAUAUCGUGUCUGUGGUGCAAUGAUAUGUUGACAUUUUAACGAUCAAAAACACAUUUUACUGAUCAACAUUUUUACUUACAUUUGUUUAUAUGAAUAAAGUCCUUGUGA